AUGUUCUUCCUGCAGGUGUCAGUCUGGUGUUUGUCCUUCCGCAGGUGUCAGUCUGGUGACGCUAUGAGUUGUCCUUCCCGCAGGUGUCAGUCUGGUGACGCUAUAGGUGUCAAAUAUGUUCCUUCCUUUCAGUCUGGUGACGCUAGAGAUGUCCUUUUUGCAGGUGUCAGUCUUGACGCUAUGUUCUUCCCGCAGGUGUCAGUGUCUGGUGAAAUAGAGAUGUUCUUUCACAUCAUUUCUAUCGACUUCAUUCAGUCUUUUUCAUGUCCUUUUUCAUUGUCUCUCCCCUCAUUUUGUCUUCCUGACGCAGGUGUUCAGUCUGGUGUCGCUUACAUAUGGUGGUUUUUCAUCAUCUCUUCCUCCUCAUUCUUCUUCUUCAUCCUUUUUCAGGUUAUCUCUCCCGCUCAUUCUUCUUCAUCCCCUUUUUCAUUAUCUCUCCCCUCAUUCUUCUUUCCCUUUUUCAUUAUGUCCCUCCUCAUUCUUCUUCAUCCCUUUUUCAUUAUCUCUCCCCUCAUUUUGAUUUCAUAG